AUGGAUUGCAAAUCGCCUCUACUCUUCGACCUCAACGUUCAAAGUACCGAGACCAGGCAUCCUGUUAUCCGCGCCUGCACAACUAAACCCGAAAAAGUAUUACGCAAGCGUACUGAAUUAUCUGUACCGGUUACAAACCAUUCGAACAAUUCCACCAAAAAUGCAACAGUCGAGACCCAAGGCCUAGCCCCCAAUGUCCUUGCAUCCACCGCCUCAUCAGUCAUUUGCGGUGCGCAAGGAGAUACUAGAGAUGUAGUCUUUACUAUCAACCCAUCCAUUCUCAAGCCAGGGGAUGAUACCGCUUCCGCUGUCAGUCUCCUGUCAUCACACUUUACCAAUAGUGCUUCUUGCGGUGAAAAAAUUCUUCUCGUCAAAUUGGGUACUGUGGUCGUUGGUCUAUAUAUUGGUGCGGACGUCCAGACUGCUGCAGCUGCUAAUACAAUUAAUAAAUUUGGUAAGGAGCUCCCGUUUACCUCCCAUUCACCUCCCAUUUACCUCUCUUUGAACCAGAGCAGUGUACUCCCACUUCCUGGUGAGGUUCUUAAGCAGGGAGCCCAGGUUAUACAGACUUGUGAUACCACGAUCAGGGAAGCACGAACUGUUGGCCUGUUUGCUGUUGAGAGUACCGAGGACCUAUAUAUGGUCCAGGGAGCACUGAAACAAUGGGCCAAUGGCGGGUGCCUUCAUAUUCCUAAGGGGCGAGUUCUUGCCAACUUUGCUAAGCUGGGCGUUCUCACCGCUACUGAGGUUGAUAAACCCACCCCAAUGCGACGCCAUACUCGACCGUUGUCACUACAUGCAAAGAGCAGGUCUCACUCACUGGUAAGUAGGGCUGAAUGCAGAGCUAUCCAAGUUGGUAACGGAGACAGCUGCAUGGCAUUAGCAGCACGAUGCGGUAUUCGCGGACGCGAUUUCCUUCAAUUCAAUCCUAGGACAAACCUCUGUUCAACCCUAAUGCCGAAGCAAUGGAUUUGCUGCUCGGAGGGUACCCUUCCGGAUACCAGACCAAGACCUCAACCUGAUGGCACCUGUGCUACCCAUACUGUCGUUGCCGGGGACGCUUGCUUUGCUAUUACUGAUAACUACGGAAUUACACUUAACGAUAUUAAUGAUUUAAAUAAGGGAACAUGGGGUUGGGCAGGCUGUAACAGACUACAGCCUGGCCAAGUUAUCUGCCUUAGUAAAGGAAAUACCCCUAUGCCGGCUGAAAUUGCUGGCGUUUCCUGCGGCCCACAGAAGCCUGGGACUAGGAAACCCUCAGGUGAAUUUGAUGGCUGGGAUCUAGCAAAGCUUAAUCCAUGCCCCCUAAAUGCUUGUUGCUCAGGCUGGGGGUUUUGUGGUAUAACGGCUGAAUUUUGCACGGAGUCUCCGGCUGAUACGUCUGCGCCUGGUUCUUUUAAACCUGGUACUAACGGCUGUAUCUCAAAUUGUGGUACUGAUAUUGUGGGAAAUAAGACUCCAGGAGGUAGCUUUGCUCGAGUGGGUUACUUCCAGGCUUAUAACUAUAAGCGGGACUGUCUCUACCUUGACGCUACAAAGAUCCAGGAGCACUUUAAAGAUCUAACCCAUGUGCAUUUUGCAUUUGCAGGUCUUACUGACGAUUUCAAUAUAAAUAUUGGAGAUAAUAUUUGGAAGCAAUUCGAUAUCUUUAAUGAGAUGAAAGCACCCUUCAAGAAAAUUUUAUCUGUGGGUGGAUGGGCCGAGUCAACAGAGCCUGGCACUUACAGUCGUUAUAGGGAGGCCGUGAGCCCAAACAAUCGGUAUACCUUUGCUCAAAACGUUGUGAAGUUCCUUGAUAGUCACAAUCUGGAUGGUAUCGACUUUGACUGGGAGUACCCAGGCGCAUCGGACCAGGGUAUCCCAGCAUCAGACCCCAGGGACGCAGAAAACUAUUACAGGUUUCUUACGCAAUUACGAGUCCUUCUUGGAACUGAAAUUGGAUCACGAUCUCUUUCUAUUGCUAUUCCAGCGUCUUAUUGGUAUCUUAAACCUUUUCCCGUUCGUGCAAUUGGGGUAGUCGUUGACUACUUCAUUUACAUGACGUACGAUCUUCAUGGCCAAUGGGAUUAUGGGAACAAAUUUGCAAAUCCUGGGUGUCCAAAUGGGAACUGCCUUCGUUCACAUAUUAACCGCACAGAAACGUAUAGCGCCCUUGCUAUGAUUACGAAGGCCGGCGUGGUACCUUGGAAGGUCUUUAGAGUGACAGUCGCCAAUGCUGAGCUCCAGAAGAUUUUUGAGUAUGCCGAAAGAGGCCAAGAGGGUGUCCAGGCUAAGAAGUGGCAUGACACCGAGACAGAUUCAGAUAUUAUGACUUGCUUUUCAGAUGGCACACAGGGGCAAGGCAUGACCGACUGGGUUGCAUAUAUGGAUGAUAACACUAAAGCAAAACGCACUUCUUGGAUUCAGGGCCUGAAUAUGGGCGGAACUAGCGAUUGGGCUCUUGAUCUAGCGGGUUGGUAUCCUGCAGUCAAGGGAAACGGAACUAGUGGUUGGAAACUAGAACCAAAUCUUGUCAACUGCGAUCUAGAAGCAUGGCCCAGCACACUCGAGGAUCUAGAUGCAAAUAUCGGCAAUGUCCCGAUACCUUGCCGUGGCAUGGCUAUAAUGAAGAUAUUAACCGAUGAACUUAAAAGCGCCGUUGAUAAGUACAGGGAAGUUUCAUCCUCGGAUGACUAUAAGCAAAGGUUUGAAUGGUAUGCCGACUGGGUGAAGGACUCCAUUCAGCCACGUUUGAGGAGCUUCACGGCUUUAAAAACCGGCGAGGGUCUUAAAUAUAUGGACUGCAAGUGGUCUACGCCUUAUCGAAAAGGAGAAGGCCCUUGUACUGAAGUGAAUCUUUAUUACCCGCCUCACGCCGAUCUUGGAGUUCGCACUAUCGAGUAUACUGUGAGGGAUGAGGAAGGGUUUUACAACGCCCUCUUGAAGGAAGCUGGCAUCAGUAAGGAGUGGAUUGAAUGGACAACAAUUACCGAGCCGGACGAGUGCCCUACCUGCCCUCCCAAGGAUGAGUUUUGCCUGCCAAAACCGUGUUCGGACAACUAUAAAGAGUAUGUGAAUGUGCCGAGCCGCAUCCCGGAUAAGAACAAGAUCAGAGUAGAAGAUCCAAAAGACCUGAUCGACAAAGCGAUUCUUUCUAUAGACGAGGUGUUGGACCUUGCAUAUACUUCCUCUAUUGAGUUGAAUAUAGGACUUUUAGAUGCCGAUGUUACCGACGUUAUUACUGCCCUCAGUAUGCCAAUUUUUAUGCUGCAAGAUGCCUCCAAAUCAAUUGAGGAGAUCAAAAAAAUCGGCAAGGAGCACCAUGAUACAAAGAAGAAGCAGCUUAUCCUUAACGUUCUAUCUAUUGUUUUCUCGAUUAUACCUUUUGUGGGAUUGGCUGGCCAGGCAGUCGGCAUUGCGACCAAAUUUGCUGCGGCCGCCCUGAUUAUUGGUGAGAUCGGCAACGUUGCUCUUACAAUCGUUGAUAUUAUCGACAAUCCGGAGGCAGCGCCCUUUGCCAUACUCGGUCUACUAAUCGGCGCUGAAGGUGUCCGGGUUAAGGGAGCUCGUCAAGCAUUCAAAGAUGCAGCGGAUGUCCGCCGUGCGCUUACGGCUAAUUCUCUGAAAAGCUUUUCGGAAGAGUUCGUGCGCAAAGAUAGCCUUCUUCAAGGGAUGCUCAAGAAGUGUGUCAGGUAG